AUGGUCCGGCGCCUGACGAAGGAGGAGAAGAGCCUGGUACGGCAGAUGGGAGUUCAGCUCUCUGCGCAGCAGAAGCGGCAGACUCCAAAGGCCAGAGUGUCCGACCAGUCUGAUCAGAGCCCUGGCAGGCCGCAGAUACUUUCCUUGGAGUCAACGGCGCCGCGGGCAGCUGGAGGAGAUGGAAGCUCCGACAUGGGCGCCAUUUACGAGCCAGCCGCGCCGUCAACCCCAUGCAUCGUUGUGGCCACAACGCCGCCGCAUUCCUGUGACGCUACCCUAAUGCCUCGCUGUUUUCCACGCAAUCGAAGCGAUAGGAGGAUCUUGCGAAUCUUCCAAGCCAACGUAGGCAAGAUUCCGCCGGCACACGAUUGUGCCCUUGCGUUGGCCGACUCGGAACAAUACGACAUUAUUUUGUUGCAGGAGCCAUGGACAGGACUGAAAGAUGGCCGAUGCCUCACUAAGACGCAUCAGGCCUACGACACCUUCUCACCCGUCAACGACUGGGACGGCCGCGACACUCGCCCGAGAGUCAUGACAUACGUCCGGCGUUCCGCAGGUCUCGUCGCUGAUCAAAAGAGACCUGCGGCGACUCGUGACAUCCUUUGGCUCACCGUCAACGGCAUAACAGUCGUCAACUUCUAUCGGCAGCCGUACCACGACGGAGCCCUUGAAAUCUUGCUUCAGUGGACCGUACCGGACAAGUGUCUUGUUGCUGGUGAUUUCAAUGCCAAACAUCCCAGCUGGCAGGCCGGUCGACGAGAGGACCGCGGCGAAGAAAUAGCGUUUUGGGCAAUGGACAAUCGACUCGGCUUACUGAAUCCUGUCGAUGUCCCGACCAACGCACACGGCAAUACGGUUGAUCUCGCCUUCUGCAACAUACCUCUGGCCGACGCUGUUGUCGAGGAUCAUCUAGCAACCGGCUCCGAUCAUUUUACCCUUAGUAUCACGCUGCCAGGACAAGUUCUGGCACCCCUUCCAAUAGGAAAGAUCCAUCUCAACUCCGACGAGGAAUUGAAGCGAUUCAUUGAAUUAGUGGAGGCCGGUGCCGCCUUCAUCCCGAUCACCACGGCAUCUCCUUCCGAGCUCGACAGCUUUGCGUCGGCGCUCGUCCGUUUCAAGCUCCUCCUGCAAAUUGACGACCGAGUGUAUGAGACGCAGCUGGAAAAGGCCACCGCCUUGCGACAAGCCACUCUGGAACGGCGCACGGCGAACGACGACAUCCCAGAUCCGUGGAUCUCCGUGAACACAGAUAGGACGAUACCCUUCACCGACCGAGUCUCUCCGGAGGAGACCCGCGACGCCACGCUACGCACCGGGAAUACGUCCCUGGUCCCGACAAUAUUACGGUGCGGAUGCUCCGCGCUGUCUGGCAUGCGAUCGGAAGUCUCGUCCACCAGCUAUAUCAAGGCUGCCUCAGGAUUGGCCACCAUCCGAAGCCCUUCCGAGAAGCAGAAGUGGUCAUGA